AUGCAAACUUGCACGAACCACAAACUGAUCGACAGGCGAAUGUUUCCACCAUUCAAAGUGAAGAUCUCGGGUCUGGAGAAGCGAAGCAAGUACAUCAUGCUGGUGGACAUCGUGGCUGUGGACGAUUGCAGGUACAAGUUCCACAACAGCAGAUGGAUGGUGUCCGGCAAGGCUGAUCCUGAAAUGCCAAAAAGAAUGUACAUACAUCCUGACUCGCCGGCUACUGGCGAACAGUGGAUGAACAAAAUCGUGUCUUUCCACAAACUCAAACUUACAAACAACAUUUCCGACAAACACGGCUUCACAAUAUUAAAUUCCAUGCAAAAAUAUCAACCACGUUUCCACUUGGUUCGAACAAACGACAUCAUGAAGUUACCCUAUUGUCCAUUUCGAACGUAUGUGUUCAAGGAAACCGAGUUCAUUGCUGUCACUGCUUAUCAGAAUGAAAAAAUAACUCAACUGAAAAUCGACAACAAUCCUUUUGCAAAAGGUUUCCGAGACUCUGGGGGUGGGAAACGUGAAAAAAAGUUUGUUACAUAA